AUGACACGAGGAAAUGCAACCGAAGUGACUGAAUUCUACCUCCUGGGAUUUGGUGUCCAGUACGAGAUUCAGUGUGUCCUUUUCAUUGUGUUUCUUGGGGUCUAUGUGACAACCGUGGUGGGCAACACUGGUAUGAUCCUGCUCAUCCACACAGACUCCAGACUUCAGACCCCCAUGUACUUCUUCCUGCAACAUCUGGCCUUUGUUGACAUCUGCUACACAUCUGCCAUCACUCCCAAGAUGCUCCAGAACUUCAUGGUAGAUGACAAAUCCAUAUCGUAUGGAGGGUGCAUAAUGCAAUUAUUGGUUGUCGCAACAUUUGCGACCAGCGACUGCUACCUCCUGGCAGCUAUGGCAGUGGACCGCUAUGUCGCCAUCUGUAAGCCACUUCGCUACCCCAUCAUCAUGUCUAAACUGGUUUGCGCGCUGUUGGUAGCUGCCUCGUAUCUCAUGGGAUCACUGAACGCCUCUGUACACACAGGUUUCACAGUUUCUCUGUCCUUCUGUAAGUCCAACAUCAUCAAUGAUUUUUUCUGUGACUUUCCCCCAAUUCUGGCCCUUUCUUGUUCCAGCAUUGACAUCAAUGUCAUGUUAAUUGUUGUCUUCGUGGGGUUCAACUUGACGUUCACUGUGUCGGUCGUCAUCUUCUCCUACAUUUGCAUCCUGGCCACCAUCCUAAAGAUGUCUUCUGCUGCAGGAAGGAGGAAAGCCUUCUCCACCUGCGCCUCCCACCUCACAGCCGUCACCAUCUUCUAUGGAACCCUGUGUUACAUGUACUUGCAGCCUCCUUCUGAGCAGGCCCAGGAGAACAUGAAAGUGGCCUCCGUGUUCUACGGCACUGUGAUUCCCAUGCUGAACCCUCUGAUCUACAGCUUGAGAAACAAGGAGGUCAAAGAAGCUUUGAGAGUGAUGGGGAAAAAGUUCUUUUAG